AUGUUGGAGAACAAUCUUCGUGGUCUAUCAGGUGACCUUCGCAGACUCAACGGUAAUCCAGGUAGAAGCAACUACUCACUGCGAAUACAGUUGAUUGGAUACAAUGGAAUACUAGAAGAUAUUGGCUUUUGGGAGCCGGCCACAGAAAUUCAUGUGAACAUGAGCGGCGAUUCGCGCGCACAACUUCAACGAAAUGUUCAAGUGUCUGACGAACUCAAGCCGCAUUUUCGCGUGACCACUAUAAUGGAGCGGCCUUAUGUGAUGCUGAAGAAAAACCACUACGAAUUGUAUGGCAACAUGAAGUUCGAAGGAUUCUGUAUUGAUCUUCUAGCCGAGUUAUCCAGAGAUCUUGGUAAGAUUUUACUUUUCGCGUUUCUCUGCUUUUUUGGAGACACGAUGAAAGAUGCGGAGAUGGCCGUAGCACCACUAACUGUGAACUUCCGCCGUUCAGAAGUGGUUUCCUUUUACAAAGCCUUUUCUUUCGCUUGGGAUCAGCAUAUUGUACAAGGUUUCGGCGUGCCAGACGACCACCAACCUGAUCUAUUUUCAUUCCUCAAUCCCCUCUCAUGGCAGAUUUGGCUAGCUAUUCUAGCAGCGAUCGCAUGUGUAACAUUGGGAAUGUACACGGUAUCGCGAGUGACGCCAUACGAGUGGAACUUGAACUUCUCGUGUUGCACGGCUCAUCAGCCUCAUCCUGGUGCCGCCUUUGUGAAUUCACCUGUGGAACUUUCCAAUAACUACAGCUUUUGGAACACAUUAUGGUACGUGACAAGCACCAUGCUGAAGGGAGGAUGCGAUUUUGGUCCCCGAGCCGUGUCAACCAGACUUCUGGGAGGUACGAGUUUGACUUAUUAUUAUUCAGCGAUCGGAUCUGAAGGGAAGGCUUUGAGGCAUGCCUGGUAG